CUUUUUUAUCAUAAGGUCUUAUAAGUUACAAUCCUAACUUUAAUUAUCCUACUGAUAUGAUGUAUUCAUUUCAUUAGCAACAUUUUGUUUUAUUCAGCCAUGCACAAUAUGUUCUGUCUCAUGCCAGCUUUCAAAAAUAUUAAAAAAAUUGAUUUAUCCAGACUCUCGCCUACACACAGCGAACUGCCAAGGCUCGGAUUCGAUACCAAAAGGCAAUGUUCAUAUUGACGUGCGUCGAGAGGUACUUUGAAGCAUAAAGCACUUAUUUACGAGGCGCACUUGAACGCACCGUGGGUUCAGUCGGACUUUGAAGGUUUCGCUAUAGAAAAUCUAUCAUACGUGUUUUAUUCCUCUACAUGAUUGUCACACUUGUAGCAUUUGCUACAUUUAAAGUCAAUAAAACAUUUAUUAAUGUAUAUAUUAUAUUUUUGUGACAAAAAGCCCGUAGUUUCAUUGACUUUCACUCGUGCCCCUCCUUGAGAGACGUAUGAAUUUUGUCCAACCGCGCUCCCCGUAGUUGUUUUUUUCAGUAAAGCAUGGUGAUCGUGUUGCUAUGUAGUUUGUGCAGAGUCGUGCUUCUGCUCAGCCGUUAAAAACAACAUGUUGUUACCGGAAACUCUACUUUAGAAUGUAUUUUCAGGUUUGAAGAGAGGAAAGCCGCCAUUUCAUAGGGAAGAGUUGCGUCAUUUGACACCUCGAUGGGUUUACUGACAGCGUCCCAGCUCGUGCUCAGAGCUGCCACGUGCUGCCCGAGCCCCCUUGUGACGUCAUCAUCAUGGCUGUCCACUAGAUCCCUUCCUGUAGGGGGCAUGAACAUCCUGCUCAUGGGUCCUCCUGGAGCGGGGAAGACCACCGUGGGGAGGAUAGUGGCCUGCAGACUGGGGCUGCCCGCGGUCGACGUCGACGACGACGUCCUGGAGGCCGCGUGGAAGAUGCCCGUGGCGGCCAAGCUGGCGUCGGUCGGCGGCGAGCGGUUCCUCGAGGAGGAAGGCCGGGCUUUGUGCAACUUCUCCGCCUCGGGGUGUGUCGUUUCCCUGACGGGCUCCAACCCGCUGCACGCCGAGGCGAUGCGGCACGUCAGACGGACGGGGCUGGUCGUCUACCUGGACGUGGACGGCGAGGACAUCAUGCGGAGGCUCGCCAGGAUGGAGGUGAACAGGAUUGUGGGCCAGGAGUCCGGCGCGUGCAUGAGGGACAUCCUGCGUCACAGGAAGCGGUUCUACGAGAAGUGGCUGGACGUGCGCGUGCUGUGCGGCACGGGAGACGCGGUGGAGGAAGUUGCGGAGAAGGUCGUGAAGGCCGUGGAGAGAUAUGACGAUUACGCUGCGGAAACAUACGUGUCCACCAGGUGCGAAGACGUGGGGGCAUCCGAUCGGAAAGCACACUUCAGUGACGUGGUGGUCGAGGGUCUGGCCACAGACGGCGGCCUCUACGUCCCCAAAAAUGGCCUCCCGCAGAUCGACGCUCGCGAAUGGCUGAGAUUGGUUGACAUGUCGUACCCGGAGCGAGCUUUAGUUUUACUUGAGAAGUGCAUACACCCGUCGGACGUCUGCGCUGCGGACCUCAGGACGAUGGUGUUCAAGGCGUACGGGUCGAACUUUGCCAGCGAGGCGGUGGCGCCCGUGAAACAUCUCCACGGCAAUCAGUACGUCCAGGAGCUCUUCCACGGCCCCACCGCCUCGUUCAAAGACCUCGCCUUGCAGCUGAUGCCGCAGCUCUUCGCCCACUGCCUCCCGCCGAUGUGCAACUACCUGAUCCUGGUGGCCACGUCCGGAGACACGGGAAGCGCGGUGCUCAGCGGCUUCGGCGGGCUCAGCGGCGGACACAAGACCGGCGUGCUGGUGUUCUUCCCGGAGGGAGGGGUGAGCGAGAUACAGAAGCUCCAGAUGACGGGCCACGGUGAGGGCAACGCCAGGGCCGUCGCCGUCCCGUCAGACUUUGACUUCUGCCAGAGGAGCAUCAAGAGGAUGUUCGGAGAGAGCGGGCUGACGGGCCACCUCGCCGCGGAGUACGGCACCGUCCUCAGCACCGCCAACUCCAUCAACUGGGCACGGCUGCUGCCGCAGCUGGUGUACCACUCCUCGGCCUAUCUGGACCUGUGCAGAGACGGCGCUGUCAAGUUCGGGGAGCCCGUCGAUGUUUGCAUCCCCACCGGCAACUUUGGCAACGCCAUGUCAGCCGUGUACGCCAAGCGAAUGGGCGUCCCGAUAAGGAGAGUCAUCUGCGCGUCCAACCACAACCGCGUCGUCGCAGACUUUAUCGCCACGGGCGAGUACGAUCUCCGGGGUCGGCCGCUGCUGCCCUCCCACUCGCCGGCCAUAGAUAUCCUGAAAUCCUCCAACCUGGAGAGGUUCAUCUACCACGUCUCGGGCGGGGACGCACGCCUCGUCAAGGAGCUGUUCACGCGCUUGGACCGGCAGCGGCACUUUCGGGCUCCCGAGCCUCUUCUCGGCAGGAUGCGGCGGGAAGUGCUGGCCGGCUGGUGCUCCGAGGACGACUGCUUGGCCGCCGUCCGGACGGUGCACGCGCAGACGGGCUACGUCAUGGACACGCACACCGCCGUGGCCAAAGUGGUGGCGGACAGGCUGCAGGACGGCUCGUGCCCCGCGGUGCUCUGCUCCACCGCUCACUACGGGAAAUUCGCCCCCGCUGUGUUCAAAGCGCUGCGAAUCCCAAGUAUUCCGGAGGAUCCCGCGGAGCAGCUGAAGGAGCUCGCGUCGGCCGCGUCCGGACCGGAGACGCACGGAGACAUGAUGGAGUGCCUGAAGCGAAGCAGCAGCAGCAGGGGGGGGCACAGGGUUUGUCGGGCGGAGUACAGCGCUCUGGUGGAGGAGGUGGAGAGCAUGAUACAGGACAGCUUCCUGAAAGUUAUGUGAAUAAUUUAAUUAAAUCUGAAUUGAUAAUCA